AUGUGGAGAAGUCGAGGAUCGAGGAUGUUCAGUAGUUUUUACUACCGUUGUUGCUGGAAUGAGAGCUGGAUUAACUUAUUCACACUUAUAUUUUUCCUGACGACUAUGUACGUCAGAUUUUUCCCUGUUUUUAAUUCCACGUUCUUCUAUCUCAAUCGCUUCAAAUGGUGGACAAACUUUGCACAGACUGCUGAGCAAAUGAAUACAUGGAAAAUAUUUAUACUACAAACAUUAUUUCCUACAGUGACGGCAAUACCUAUUUAUUGCAUUUGUGAUAAUGCAUACGUGUGGAAAGGCGAAAGGCCACUGCUUCUAAGUGCUUUGAAUCCAACCUGUGUAAAGGUUAUCUCUAUCUCCGGCUACACCUACCGCUAUGUGGCACUUGUACUUUCGACUCUCGGUUAUGUUUCUAUGUUCUGUCUGAUGCGAAAGAAGGCAAAUCGCAACGAAAUGCGCAUUCUGAUUCACGGAGGAAGUCUUCUGUCAGCACUAUCAGCUUCUAUAAUAUCCAUGACAUCCGAGAGACUCGGAGUAGGAAGUAAUCAUCCAUUGAUGCGAGUGUUCUACUUCACAUCCUUUUUGUGGGUUCCAUUUACUGAUAUAGUAAUAACAUUCUGGAUUGUGGCAUCUUUGCGGCGUACUCUUAACCCAUUCAAAAAUGGACCGAGAACAAAAACAAGUAUAACUACUAACUCGAAAAACGCUUCUGCACCGUGUCGUUAA